GCGAUGCCUUUGUCCAGUAAGGCUCGUGUGUAUGCCGAUAUAAAUCUCAACCGUCCACGUGAAUAUUGGGAUUAUGAAAACUAUGAGGUGAAGUGGGGGGAUCAAGAUGAUUACCAAAUUGUGCGCAAACUUGGAAGAGGAAAAUACAGUGAAGUUUUUGAAGGGGUCAAUAUCACCGCAAACGAGAAAUGUGUUAUCAAGGUCCUCAAACCGGUAAAGAAGAAAAAAAUCAAACGCGAAAUUAAAAUACUGGAGAAUCUUCGUGGCGUUACCAAUAUUGUAGCUCUUGAAGCAGUUGUGAAAGACCCAGUGUCUCGCACGCCCGCUCUGAUAUUUGAACACGUGGAGAACAAAGACUUUAAGGAGUUGUAUCAUACACUGACUGAUUACGACAUCCGAUUUUAUAUAUUCGAAUUACUGCGUGCGCUGGAUGCUUGUCACAGUAUGGGCAUUAUGCACCGUGACGUCAAGCCACACAACGUGAUGAUAAAUCAUUCACAGCGUCAACUCCGGCUUAUCGAUUGGGGUUUGGCGGAAUUCUACCAUCCCGGUCAGGAGUAUAACGUUCGGGUUGCUUCACGAUAUUUUAAAGGACCAGAGCUGCUAGUGGAUUAUCAGAUGUACGAUUAUUCACUGGAUUUGUGGUCUCUCGGUUGCGUAUUCGCCAGCAUGAUUUUUCGAAAAGAACCAUUUUUUCAUGGUCAUGAUAAUUAUGACCAAUUGGUGCGCAUUGCAAAAGUCCUCGGCACAGAUGAUUUGUUUCAAUACCUCAUGAAAUACGAAAUCACCCUGGACUCUAGAUUCAAUGAAAUACUGGGUCGACAUACGAAAAAAAGAUGGGAUCGCUUUGUUCACGCAGAGAAUCAGCACCUGGUUAGUCCUGAAGCUCUGGAUUUCCUUGACAAGCUGUUGCGUUAUGAUCACGCUGAGCGGCUGACGGCACGAGAAGCAAUGGAGCACCCCUAUUUCUAUGGUAUUGUCAAAGAACACGGUGGACGUAUCCCUGUCUCGAACACCGCCCAAUCAAGUGCUAAUGUAACUAGGAAACCAAAUAAUACAGUCGUGAGUGGAACGGCGCCAUCUCCUUCGGAGCAAGCGUGAUUUGCCGGCCACGACUAGCAAAAGGACUCGCGUGGUGGCUCAGCUUGUUCUCGUCUAUUCUCUUUCCAUUCAGAUGGACCUGUAUAAAUUUGAACCGUUUUUAUCGACGCUUCCGCCAAUUUAAAUGGGUUUUUAUGACAUUGGGGCUUGGGAACUCACUCCUUGCUCGAUCCGAGUCGUCCAUGCCCAAAUCAAGACAAAGCCGAUUUUCUGCCAUUCUCAACUUUUCCUGCUCAUCCGUAAUGUGUAAUUUCCCCCUGGACUCUGCCGGUGUUCAAAUUGAUGCUAGCCGACGCGGUAUUGUUCCCCUCUCAAUCGAAAAUGAUCCAUCUACCCUGUGCAUCAUCCUCCGCAUGGUCUUGCGUCGGUAUGUAGAGACUACUUUUGACUAGCCCGUUUUUUGGUUGACCCAGCCCUUGUCGUUAUUUCUCGCUCAUAUAUCUUUAUGUAUCAAUUACAUGAGAUCGUAUAUACUG